GUGUGCUGCCACUCUGAGUCAGCGUGGGGCAAGCGGCUUCUCUGCACACUCCUUUCCAGCAAGGAUCUCUGCCCUUUGCAGAACUGCACUUUCCACCCCAGUGCUUGAAAUAACUUCUGUCUUGGAUCAAACAUUGGAUUGUGGCAUGUAUAGCUGUUUCGGAACAGUUCAGUGCUGUACACUUUUCGGAACUGGCAGCGGGGGAAGGACAUUACUGACCAGUGCCUCUAGUUCAAUGUUGGCCACGUAUUCUUUGCACAAGUGUUCACUAAGUGCGCAAAAGGUAGAAAACUGCUGCCUUGGCUGCUGACCUCUGUGCCUUAAAGGUGAGAACUUGGCUUGUCAAGCAGACAUGGGUCAUCAGCCUUGGAGCAGGAGUCUUUCACUCCUGGAUAGUGUGAGUGUGCUGCUGUAACCCAUGGGAGAAACUUCUGUAUGUGAUACGGAGUGCUGAGUUACUCUAGUGCUGCUGGUUUUAGUCCCAGGAGGUCAUUUGUGAGAGUGCGCACAACCUUGCUUCUGUUCCCACAGGGACAGGUGGAGAUAGCUGUUGGAGAAUGACACAGGAGAAUAAAGAACUUUAAUGCGUUGUGGAUUUUCUGUUUUUCUUGGAUGUGUGCAUUUGCUUGAAUUCUGUAAUCAGGAGGUGGGGGCCUGCUUCACCUUUGGACCUGGGAGAGAGGACUUGUGGUUUUAGGCUAGCAUGGGCAGAUAGGGAAACCAAGUGCUGCUGUGCCUGCCUGGGACUGAAGUGACUCCAGCACACAUCAGCUGCAAUAGAAAAAAAUGAAAUACAGGGAGUGGAGUGAAUAGAGUAGGUGGAGACAAGAGAAACAGCUGGCACUGGCACCGGGGGUGCUACUGCAGAAUUAAUGACGAAAGGAAACUUAGCCAAGAACAAGGUGAAAAAUUAAAGACUGCCUGACCUUGUUCCUUCUUCGUGAGAGCAAGUGAAAGGAGUGGGGUGUCCAGCAGAGUGGGAAGGUGCUUCAGAAAUCCCGUCGGGACAGGGCUGAGCUGGGGCCGACAAGCACUUGUGCUGUGGGGGCCGUGUGGCAGAGGCCAGCUGUCACCAGCCUGUCCCGAGCUGCUGAGCUGGAGCUGGAGCUGGAGCUGGAGCUGGAGCGUGCUGCUCUGCUGCACAGGCAGGGCCCCUUGCUGCCCGCGGGGGGGGCGAGGCUGGUGGGUGUUUUGGGCCGUCAUGGCCUCUUCCUACAGCAAGGUCAUGCAGGCUUGGCCUACCGAUCCCUGAGCUGAGUGGUUCAGGGUUGAAAGAAACACAUUUUUAUGGGUCUUGUGCCACAGCUUGGGACUGUGUUUGUGACAGCAAUUUCCCUUCCUCCGUCUGGUGCCAGAAGCACUUUUGUUGUACUAAUCCCCAGGCUCAGAGACUUCAGUUGUAGAGGAGCCUGAGCUGCUUUUCAGCCUAGGAGCAGCUUUGUACUCCAGGUCUCUGUAUUUAAUUAGAUCAGUUCAUGGAAAUAAAUGUGAUGUUUUACAUGCUGGGGUAGGGUUGUGUUCCAGGGUAAGGCAUCAAAGAUUGGCCCGUUUAAUUUUGGUUCCCCUUUUACUGGCAAAUCUAAAGGUUUAUUUGCUCCUCCUCAGUUCCUGUAGUUCAGGGGAACUUUUACUGCAUACUUCCAUUUCAGGUAUCCUAUUCCACCUUCCUGCCCCUGCUUGUGGGAGUAAAGGGGCUGAAGGCUGGUGCAGUGGGCAGCUGCCCCAGGGCAGUGGUGCAGAGGCAGCCUGUCACGUUGGGGAUCCACUCGGGCACUGCGUGGAGGGUGAGACGGGUCCUUCACCUCUUCCCCUGCGGGCCUGUGCUGUGGGGUUUUGAGGAAGGAGCUGGGAGGCAACAACCAUUUCCCUUCCCUGGGCUAUGGCAGCUGCCAGCGCAGGGGCAGCUGCAAUGAAUGACUGUGCCAAGAGCAGCAUCUGCUGCGGGGGUGCAAAGCUGAUGCAAGUCCUGCAUGUCUGCACCUUUCUGUGCCUGGCAAGGGAGGUCCUUCAGGGGUUAAAUCUGGGCAAGUUCAUGCUCUCUUUUCAGUUGGCUAUCAGGGACACCCUCCUUGGAGACAGGGUAGCAUGUGACAAACGCAAACAACUAAUAAGAACAGAAAAAAGAAAAAGACAAGCGCAGAGCUGGAAAUAGUUCCUUACAUAAAGGGCUGGUGCUUCAAUCUCGUUAUUGUCUUAAGGAGAGGACGCUUAGCUGCCUUUGACUCCUACAGUGCAACCCCCAAUCUGAUAAGCAAUCGGCUUUGGGAACCUGGCAGGUGCCACGUGGCACCAAGACAUGGCCAGUGCCCCUCAGGCAGCAGCUCCCCGCUGCUCUUCUGAGCUCGGGGCACUUGUCCCAGUCAGUGUACGCCUGGUGGGAGCGUUCUCCUGAAGCCAGAGCUGCUGUCCCACGGCCCGAAAUGGGAACCGCUGCUUUGGAGGGGCCGGCACGAUGAGGCAGCUGGGGACAAGGUGUGCGAGUCUCUCCGCCAGCCUGAGGCCAGGGGAUCGCCGGGGUUGCUGCCAGACACGGGAGGAAGAGGAAACCCACAUCCCGUUUGCACAGGACAGCCUGGUAAAGCAAUGGAGGUCCAUGCAGAGCGUGAGGGGCAGAAACCAGGAGAAAACCAAGCCUCUCAUACAAAGGAACAAGUCCUUGCUCAACAUUAACGUGGGUGGCAGAUUGUUCCGGAUAGCUUACAAGGUAGCGGCCCUUUAUCCCAUCACCAGGCUGGGGAAGCUGGCCCUUUAUACAGACCCUGUGAAGAAGCUGGAGCUCUGCGAUGACUACUCCGUGCAGAGGAACGAGUACUUCUUUGACAGAGAUCCUUCAAUUUUCCACUACAUCUUCCACUUCUACCACAGCGGGAUCCUGUGGAUAAUGGAUGAGAUGUGCCCCAGCAACUUUGUGGAGGAAAUUGAAUACUGGGGAAUCCAUCUGAAAUACUCCCAACGCUGCUGCCGGAUCCUGUUUGAGGAAAAGCAGGAUGAACUCAGUGAGUACCUGAAAAUACAGAAGGAGCUAGAGGCAGAACUGGAGCCCCUGGACUCAGUGGAGCAGUUUGAGGGCAAAUUUCUGGGAUGGUUUCGGAAGAUGAUCUGGAACCUCAUUGAGAAUCCAUACUCUUCUGUCGCAGCCAAGAUCAUUGCUGUCAUGUCAAGCUUCUUUGUGCUUAUCUCCAUCGUGGGGAUGACACUGAGCACAGUGGAGGAGAUGAAACACAAGACAGGGAAGAUGUGGAUGGAGCAGCUGGAGAUGAUCUGUGCCAUCUUCUUCACCUCUGAAUAUGUCAUGCGACUCAUAUCCUCCUCCAGCUUCAGGAACCUUUUACGGGCAGCAUUUAAUGCUGUAGACCUGGUGGCCAUCCUGCCCUUCUACAUCCAGAUGCUCAUUGAAAACCUGGACGAAGGAGACACGCUUUACCAUGAGGAACUGCACAAGGUGGAGAAUGUGAGCAAGCUGGGCAAAGUCCUCAAGCUCAUCAAGCUCAUGAGGAUCUUCCGCAUCCUCAAGCUGGCGCGUCACUCCACUGGUCUUCGGGCUUUUGGCUUCACCAUGCGCCAGUGCUACCAGCAGGUUUGCUGCCUCUUCCUCUUCAUCGCCAUGGGGGUCUUCACCUUCUCCGCUCUCAUGCACUCGGUGGAACAUGAUGUCCCAGGCACCAACUUCACCAGUAUCCCCUACACAUGGUGGUGGGCAGCGGUCAGCCUUUCCACUGUGGGCUACGGAGACACUGUGCCCAACACGGUGCUCGGCAGGAUGGUGGCAUUUGCCUGCAUCUCCUUUGGCAUCAUCCUCAACGGCAUGCCCAUCUCCGUCCUCUACAACAAGUUUUCUGACUACUAUGCCAAGCUGAAGGCCCACGAGAAUAAGACCAGCCACUUGCUCAAGCUGUCCAGGAGGAUCUGCUUGAGGGAGCGAAUCCUGCAGAAGCUGUCGGAGUGCAGCAGAGCUGACCCCCGCUGGCACCACUGACCACCAGCCCUGGACCCCCCCGGACCCCCCCUCCACCGCGGUGCAUCCUCCCUCCAGCCUGGCCGUCUCCCCAGUGGGUCCCGUCCCCUGGGGAGGCUCCACAACUCAGGCAGCGAGCAGCAAGUCACAGCAGCUCGGGGGGGGCUCUGCGCCUGUCCAGGUGCCGCUGCCAGCUCCGGCUGUUUGGAGGAGUGAAACGCGCCCGUGUGCGCUGUGACCUUCCUCGGGAGUGCGCGCUGGAGCCUGCUGCCCCGCGGAGCGGUCUGUAAAGCACCGGCCAAAGAGCGCACGGUACGGGCAGGACAGGACGUGUCUGUGAUGGUCUGGGGCACGGGCCACCCUGAGGGCACCGGCAGGGAGCAGGGGGGUGCAGGGGGGUGUCGGGUUUGGGUGUGGUGGGUGUUUUGGUACGGGGGGAAGUAGCUGCAAAGGUGGCUCCUGUGAGAAGCUUCUCAAAGCUCCUUCAGCUCCAAGUCAGACCCAGCUCUGGCCAAGGCCAAGCCUAUCAGUGACGGUGGCCGCAGCUCUGUGAUAACAUAUUUAAGAAAGCAAACCUGAGAGGAAGAAGAGUUGCAAGAAGGAGUUAUGAGGGAAAUACCUCUGCAGAACGCCAUCAGUGGGAGAAAAGAGGAGGAGGCGGGAGGGGGAAGGUGUGCUGGAGUAGAGACCCCCCUGCAGCCCCUGGGGAGAGGGUAGGCUGUGCCCCUGCAC